CAACACAAGAUGUGGUCGAGAUCCAACCCCUCGGCAGUCCACUCGAUCACACUGCAAAUACCAACAAAAGCAAACCAACCCACUGUACUGACUGACCCUCCUUUCAAUCUCCACGCUCCCACUGACCGGAAGAUGUUUGCCCGGAAAAUCAAAUUUUCUUUUUUUUUUUUUUCAAUCCUUACACCAUAUAUAUAAGCUAGCUUGUCACCUGCAUGCAAAAUUACAUAGUUACAGCAACAUAUAUAUAUAACUAUAUAGACGUGGGGUAGUUGGAAUUGUAAAUCAAAUUUUGGAAUUUGGAAUGCUUGCUGUAUCACCUUUGGACAGCAAAGAUGAAACUGAGAAAGAGAUGGGGUGUUUUUCGAUUGCAGGAGACGAAAUCCCCAACUUCUCCGGGGAGAGCUUGCUCGAAAGUAUUGAUUUCGAUGACCUUUUCAUCGACAUCAAUGAGGUGUUGCCGGAUUUGGAGAUGGACACAGAAAUUCUUGCUGAGUUCUCAGUUAGCAGUGGCGAGGAAUGGGACAUGAACACGUCUGCAUCGGUUGAAGAAGUAGAGAAUAAUUGGAGGAAAGAGGACGUAAACAUGGUUUGGGGUUCGGAUGAUUCGAGCUUGAAUCAGCUGAGUGAAGAAGACAAAGCAAGCAACAAAAAUGAAUCUGUUGCCGUGAAUUCAAUGACGAAAGAAGCUGAUAGACAGAAAAAAUCAUCUGGACAGUCUAAGAAUGCUCAAGGGAAAAGAAAAGUAAAGGUGGAUUGGACACCAGAGCUACACAGGCGAUUUGUGCAAGCAGUGGAGCAGCUGGGUGUGGAUAAGGCAGUCCCUUCAAGGAUUUUAGAGCUUAUGGGAAUUGAUUGUCUUACUCGCCACAACAUUGCUAGUCACCUCCAAAAAUACCGAUCGCAUCGCAAGCAUUUGCUUGCUAGAGAAGCUGAGGCAGCAAACUGGAGCCAGGGACGGCAAAUGUAUGGAGCAACUGCCGGAGGAAGCAAGAGAGACACCAACCCUUGGGUUCCAGUUGCACCCACCAUGGGCUUCCCUCAAAUGACACCCCCACACCAUUUUAGACCCUUACAUGUGUGGGGACAUCCAUCUGUUGACCAACAGUUAAGGCACACCUGGCCAAAACAUCUAGCCCCUUCACUCUCUCCACCACCACUGCCGGUAUGGGCACCCCCUCCUCCACUAUGUCGGCCAAAGCCAGAACCACCACUUUGGCACUCACACCCCCAACAUGUUCCAAAUUCUCUUACAAGAGGGACACCUUGCUUUCCACCACCAAUUGCAACCAUGAGAUUUCCAUGUCCCACUGUACCGGGCAUACUACCCCAUGCCCAUGCCAUGUACAGAUUAGACCCUGCAGGCAUUGCUGUACCAACCAGAAAACCAAUUCCUUCCCGCCCUCCAUUCGACUUUUAUCCGUCAAAGGAGAGCAUAGAUGCAGCUAUUGGAGAUGUUUUAUCGAAGCCAUGUCGGCCAUUACCUCUUGGACUAAAACCUCCAUCUACGGACAGUGUUCUGGUGGAACUGCAAGGUCAAGGAAUUCCCAAAAUACCACCCACUACUUGUGCUUGAAACCUAACAACAUCCAUCCAACAAUGGCUGUUUCGGAGCUUACUCAAGCAAAGAGAACCUCAAAUUCGACGACACUUCCUGCAGUUAGAUGUCACCCAUCUAAUGUGCGAGUUUUUUGUUUUCCAUUUGUAUCUUUUCGGCCCACUUCUGUUGUUCUUUGUAAUCGAGUAGCUGUACCUUGUUCUUGUGUUUAAAAAUAAUAAAAGCUUGGCUUGUUUUA